CGGUUCACCAGCCACAACGACAGGGUCAACUCAGUUGUCCCAACACUAGACUGAAGGGUUUUUCUGACAUUCAGAGAGAAAAUAAUAUCGCUUGAGGGUGUCCGGUUUCCUCACUCUGAGGGAUUGCGAUGCCCUCUGACUUUAUCUCCCUUUUCAGCGGGGACCUCGACCUGAAUUAUCCCAGAUCCUUCUACUCUAAAGAAUCAGCGUAUGACCUUCUUCCCAGAGAGCUACAGCUGCCUUCCUCCACUCAGCAGAGCCCAAAAGUCAUGAGUCAAAAAAGCGGCGGAGAGGCAGGGCCUCCCCCUUCAGCUGCGCUAGCAUCAGAUGCCAUGUCCUCCUCUAUGACCAUGGAAGGCCCCCGCAGUGCUUUUUCCACCUCUUCCAGCCCCACCAUGCAUUCCAGUGCUUCAGCCAGUGACCAGAACCCAAUCCACAGCGGCAAUGUUGACCUGGAGGACGCCAGGAGCAGCCGAGUGGUUCCAGAGGUUGUUGGAGCAGAAGGUGGGAACGUUAACGGCAGCGGUGGCGGUAACUGCAGGAGUAGCGGUGAGCUAGGAGGAGUAAGAGGCGUAACAUCCCAGGAGGCACAGCAACAUCAUCAGAUGACCCCAUCUAAGCGCCGCACUGUCCUCAACAUCUCUCCACCUCCACAAGACCUGUUUGAUGACAGCCGGAUGUCUUGCCAGGAUGAAACAUCCCUGGACUCAGAGCAGAGUAACAGCAUCUGGAUGGAAGACUCUCUCUCCAACUUCAGCAUCAGCUCUGUCUCUUACAAUGACAACACAGAGGUGCCACGAAAGUCACGCAAACGAACCCCUCGGCAGAGGCCUGGUCCUAAGUCUGCAGGACGUGGGGAAGCCAGCAUGGACGUGUUCGAUGCAGACAGUGCCAAAGGUCCACACUUUGUCCUGUCACAGCUAGGCCCCGACAACAAGACUGGAUCCAAAGGAAGCAGCUCUAAUGAUCCUCAGACAACGAGCCAGAAAGGAGGAACUCUUUCGAUGCAAUACCCACAGAAGAGUGAGGGGAAGGAGGUGAAGAUACUCGUCCAGCCAGAGACUCAGCACCGAGCCCGCUAUCUGACUGAAGGCAGCAGAGGUUCAGUGAAGGACCGCACUCAGCAGGGCUUUCCCACCGUAAAGCUGGAGGGAGUGAAUGAGCCAGUGGUCUUGCAGGUGUUUGUGGGCAACGACACUGGGCGUGUCAAGCCUCAUGGAUUUUAUCAAGCUUGCAGGGUGACCGGCCGCAACACCACAGCCUGCAAAGAGGUGGACAUUGAUGGCACAACUGUCAUCGAGGUGUCCCUCGAUCCAAGCACCAACAUGACACAAGCGGUGGACUGUGUCGGGAUCUUGAAGCUCCGUAAUGCUGAUGUGGAAGCUCGUAUUGGCGUGGCAGGAUCGAAGAAGAAAAGCACACGAGCUCGACUUGUGUUUCGGGUCAACAUCCCCCGUCCAGAUGGAUCAGUGCUCAUACUACAAACUCCCUCUUCUCCAAUCCUGUGUACUCAGCCUGCAGGAGUGCCUGAAAUCCUGAAGAAGUCACUACACAGUUGUUCAGUGAGAGGUGGAGAGGAGGUCUUUAUCAUCGGCAAAAACUUUCUUAAAGACACCAAAGUCAUAUUUCAGGAGAAUGUCUCUGAUGAGAAUUCAUGGAAAGCAGAGGCUGAAAUUGACAUGGAGCUGUUUCACCAGAAUCACGUGAUAGUGAAGGUUCCUCCGUACCAGAACCAAGCCAUCACCUCUUCAGUGUGUGUGGGGAUCUAUGUGGUGACGAAUGCUGGGAGAUCCCAUGAUGUUCAGCCCUUCACCUACACUCCAGAUUCAGCAAAAAAUGAUGUUCCUGUGAAGAAAGAAGCGCCCUCUCCAUUGAAGACUUGUUCAUUUGAUGAACAAAUUAAAGUUCUAGAUGGUGCCUUAAUGCCUUCGAUGUUGCCUUUAGUGAAAAGAGAAGAUGUCACUCCGAUGGAGGUCACCAGCAACCUCCAAUCUUCUGGUGUAUUUAAGCAGACCGGUGACCUCUGUCCAGCCCCGCAGAACCCAGACAUGACUGCAGGUCAUCUAAACAAAAACAGACCAUUCUCCAACAACCUGUCUCAGCCUGCAGGGGAACCUGACCAAGGCCAGGCUCCUGUUUUUCCCAACACAGAGCCCUUAGGCACUAUUCAGAAGCAGGACAUUGCAGCCACCAACUCCUUCUCUGUGCCGGCUGACUCUCUGCUCCAGCAGGGAUCGCAGCAGUUCCUCCUGGAGCCCAGAGAGGGCCUCGGACAGGAGAGGCCCGGCAACGGCUCUGGAGCUGUGGGGAGACUGUGUGGAGAACCUGCACCUCAACAGCAGCAACUGCCUCUUUUCCCCCCAGACGAAGUAGCCCAGCUGGAGGAGGCAGUGAGGCAGCUUAAAGCCAAAGGUUUCUGUAACUUACCACUUCAGUCUGACAACUCAAUGGCUAAACAACAGCAGCAGCAACACAUCCAGCACCAACAACAGAUCCAAAAACAGCAAAUUCAGCAGCAACAAAUCCAGCAGCAACAGCUUCAACAGCAGCAGGUUUUGGAGAAUUUACAGCAGCAGCUGUUUCAGUCGCAGAUUCAGAUGCAGUGUGGCAUGUUUCAGGACGCCCCUCAGGCUAAGAACGCAGAGCAGCCGGGCUCAUCACAGGGAGUGGUGCAAAACCAGGGGACUCUUUUCCAACAGGCCCAGCAGCAGCAGCAGCAGCAGCAACAACAACAGCAGCAGCAGCAGCAGCAACAAGCAGCUCUCUUUCAGCAAGCGAGUGACCUGCUCUCAAUUCAGACCAACUUCCUCCAGCAGACCCCCUCACACCCUUCACCACCCAUGUUCCACAACCCCGGUGCUUUGGCUGAAACACAAGAUCCACAGGGAACUCUCUUCCAAAACACCAUGACAGUUCUACAGUCUCAGGACCAGCAGCCCUCAACCCCUGGACUUUUCCUCCCUCAGACAUCCCUGUCCUCUCAGCUCACAACCAGUAGUGCUCAACAACAGCAACAACAACAGCAGCAGCAGCAGCAGCAGCUGGCCUUCCUCAGUGCUCUACAAACGCCUGCCCCUGAACCACAAUCAGUAUUUCAGGCUCAAACCCAGCCCCCCAUCCAACAGAGAAGCCCCAUGGAGCAGCAGCAGCCCCCCAGCCUCAGCCCCACACACAGCCAGCCCAGCGCUUCCCUGUUUCAGAACAUCUCCCCACAUCCAUCUGCAAACACACUUUCUCCAGGACAGCAGCAGCAGGCUGGCCUACUGUUCUGCAACAACCCCCUGCCCACUCCAGAUCAGGCCUCCAGCCUCCUGUUCAGCAGCCAGGGCCAGAUGCCACCGCUGACCAGCAGCAGUUUAGUUUCCCAAGAGCCUCCGAACCCUUCUCUGCUCUUUUCCCAAGCCAGCAUGGUGACAGUAAACCAGCAGGAUCGCUCUGAGCCCAUGGCUUUAGGGAACCCUGCCGACCCCCGACAGCAAGUCAUAUUUCAGGAGCAACAGCCGAUGCAGCUGGGCAGCAGCUCAAACAACCGGCAGGAGCAGCCUGUGGGCCUCUUCAUGCCUCAGUCUAACAUGGCUUCUCUGCAGGGGGGACUGGCUGCUCAGGAGCUUGCACAGUCAGCCAUGUUUGCCUCACAGAAUGGCGUGGCGAACCUCCAAACAACCACCUCUUCCCCUGUUCAACAGCCAGGGACUCUGUUUCAGACUGCUGUCAGUGGGAGCAUCAAUCGGCCCAGCCAGCCUCAACAACCUGGCCUAUUCCUUUUUGGGAUUCAGAACGAAUGUGACCAGCUGAUGAGUACUCCUGGAAACACACUGUCAGAUCAGAUUAUAGCCAUCAGCCAGUCUGGUCAGAACCAAAGAGAAAGUGACGCUCACAUCCAGUCUCUGCUCAGCCAGUCCCUGUCUCAAUCUGGGCCCGUGCAGAAUAGCAUGAAUGCCUCUCAGAACAUGGAGAAGAUGGAUGACCUGUUGGUCAGCCUGCAGGAAACCGGCAGCAACUUAACUCGCUCAUACUAAACUCGUCGUUUCAUUUUUAUAUGUGGAAUAAUUGUAAAAUGUAGAAAAAUAGACAAACACUACUACAUGCAGUAAAAUAUGUUGUGAAUUAGCCCUGCAUCAUGAAGUUUGAGACAAACCGAUCAUUAUGUUCUUAAAUCUGAACUCUUGUUAUUUUUGUGCCUUAAGACAUUAUCCGGUUUACUUCAGGCGGAGGGUUUAUCCGGAAAGAGCAGUGAAGGUGCUGCUGUCAUUGCUUAGCCAGUCUCUUUCUCUCGUGAUUAUUCUCAAGAAUGAUAUGUGUAUCUCUAGUUAAGGACAAGCUUGACAAAUUAAUAUCCAGACAGUGAACUAAGAAUUUGAUUGGGAAUUUAUUUGCUGAGUAGCCUGGAAAAGUGAAUAUUUCUUAUUGACUUCAUGACUGACUCCCCAUUGUCACAUUGUAAUGUGCAGAAUUAGAUGGACUCCAGGCGAGAACAGGCAAAUUGUCAUUACUUAGAGAAGAACACCAUUUUGUGCUAUUUCUUCAACUUUUCCUCCAGAAGUACAGUAAUUCAGUGGUAUUGUUACUCAUUUAACUUGUGAAGUUUUGUGUGUGUCUGACAAUAGAUUGUCAGUGAUGUCAUCUGCAGCAUCUCUUGGUUUUUGCUGCAUUUUCCUAAGUCUCCAAAGUGUCUUAUGGUUUCCAUGAAUAGUGUUCCCUUUAAUACUUAUUUUGUAUAUUUGUUGCAGGGAAGGUGGAGUGUGCGAUAUAGCAGCAAGGUUUAGACAGACUGUGGUAUGUAUGGUGGAAUACAUCAAUGAUGUGGAAGGUAGUUGACGUGGUUUGAAAUAAUUUUCAGCCAACAGUGCAGAAAGUUUAUUGAAAGAAAGUUAGAGAUGAGGCAGAGAAAUGAGAGGUAGAAGAAAGUGGAAAAGUGUUCUACACUUAUUUUGAUUAUGUAGUCACAAACAAGUGUCUUAUAUGUGGGUGCUGAUUGUUUAAAUGUUGUAGCUUGCACCUGAUAAUAUGAAUAUAUUCACUAAAGCAGUGACUUUGGUUUUCAUUAAUGAUAUGGAAAGAGGCAGAGCUCAGUAGGUUUAUGACUAAAGUAACAUAUGCAUUUUGUUGCUAUCUACAAGAGGCCUGGCUAAAUUAGAUCUAGUUUUGUCUAGACCUGUUGGUGCAGUAAUACCUGUAAAAUAAUAUUUCGAAGUUCAGCCAACAGCUGUCAGUGAUGCUCUGCACUGCAGGUCACCUCCAGCUGUGACACAUCUUUCAGUACAAAAUACUUUACAAUAGCGAUAUAGAUAAGAAAACAUGUUCAGGCUAACAUUUAGUCUGAAUUCAUCAAAACCAAACUGUGUCAGUUUGCUACUUUUUAGAGCAGAUUCUCCUUUAAAUGCAUUACAAAGAGAUGAAUCUUGUAAGAAAAUGUGGUGGUAGAAAUAUGAUAGAAAAUACGAAAGAAAUAAAACAAAUAAUGGCUGAGACUUUUAUCUUUCACAUGUAUGUUCAGCACUUUACGAUGCUGUUCUUUGUGACCACUUUACUCACUGAGAGUACAGUAAAGUCCCACAAGAGGUGGUGUGGCUUUGUCUCAGCCGCCUCUUCCUCAUUGUUUACAGUGAAGAAGACACAUUUUUAAAACAUGCUGUUACAACUUUCAACUAUUCAUUCCCAAAACGUAUACAUUAUUUAUUCCUCAAAACCAGUGAAACAUGCGGAUCAAUGCAUUUUUAUUCAAAUUAUCUCAUUUCAGUUGACAUAUAACUCUUAAUCAAACACAUCGACAGUAGCGAGAGUAGAAUGUUAUAUAGUAUAUUAUUUUAUUCUGUGUUUUAGUGUCAUUUUGAUGGCAUGAUUCUGCGUCAGGCACGCAUGAUAGUGGAAUAGUAUUCUUAAACCAGCUAGAAAAGAGCCUUUUUUUUUACCAGUUUUAUUAAUGUGAUGGAUUUAGUGAAUGUAGAGGAGAAGCAAACUGUACAUUAUACGUCUCAUCCAGGUUAAGGUAUUAACAUGCAGGAACAGAGCCCAUUUUACAUGUUUUCUUGUAAAUGCAGUCGUCUGGAGUCGGCCAGUGGCCUCAGGACCAAAGUUUGACUGGAAUCUUGCUUUGCAUAAAUCCUGAUGAAAGGCCAGUUUUAUGGCUCGUGAGCUUUUAUUUUCUGUUUAUUUCUGAAGUAAAAACAUAGACAUAGAUGGCUUCAUUAUUAGGCACGAUGUCCUGCUGCCACACUUUUCUUUCCGUUUGUUGUUUUGUUUUGGGGAAAAAACGCAUGUUUGUGUCAUGUUUAGUUUCACUUACUGUAAGUGUGCGCAUGAACGAGGGGCGGGUCUCUGAUGAUGACAGAAUUAGCUCAGUUUAAAGCCUCAGUUGUUGUCUUGUUUUCUAUGUACAGUUUGGUAGAAACACACACACACGUUACAUUUAUACACUUUAAAGUCAGAAACCGCUGUUUUAUGAUGGAGACAGUGUAAACUUGACUAAUGUGAUUUGAGAAACUACGGCGUGUCAGUUUGAACGGUUGUGAGUGGUUUUUAAAGGGACCCUACUCCUGAAGGAAACCUGACGUUGGAGAAAAGGAGCUAUCUGUGAUCGGCUUUCUUCAACUUGUGAAAUAGAAGAACUAAGAUUUUCCAGUGUUGAGUAUUUAUGAUUUUAUUUCUCUUUGUUUUACAAAGUUUAGAUCUUUUAUUUUAAUCUGUGUAGUACCAGUGCUUCUCUUCGGAGAAGCAUAUCUAAUUUAUUUGUGUGUUGUUUAUUAUCUAAAUUGUUUUCCUUAAACGUUGUGUUCAGAUCUUCUCUGUAUUGAUAACAGCAAUGUUAAUUCGGCCCCCACAACGGCUGAUACUGUAACUGGCACCUUGUGAAGAUGGUAAUGAUGCCUUAAAAUGAGAUUGUUGACUAUGAAUAACAUGUACAUUCCUGUGCACAGUUAUCUUGUUGGAUUUUGUAAUAAUAAUCACCUUAAUGUACAUGUCAGGUGCUUGCUCAAGGCUUAUAAUUGGACCCCUGGACUUGUAGUCCCUUUUGACCAAAUAGUAAAAAAGGUUUGAAUGUCAGAAUCAAAAAUCCUUCAAAAAAGGACCAACAAAUUUCAGUAUUUUUUACUUUGAAUAUAGAACUGAAUGUGAUUAUGCAGCUUGCCUGUAAAUGUCUCACGAAGAAUGUUCUUUUAUACACAUACUGUGGAGGUAAUUACUUUUUUGAAUUACAGUUUCCUCAUCUGUGUAUUUACAAUGUAACUGGAGAUCAGAAAUAUAUAAAAGAGUGACUCAUUAUACAGUCACUACUAACUGUAUGGAAGAGAGGGGGAUUGUUGAUAAAAGUUCUCAUAUUUCCUUAAGAUGCUACAGACUCUAACUUUCUCUUUUCUUGCAAUAGAACAAGUGGUUUUCUUUUAACAAUACCCAUUCAUUUAAUAUCAACAAAUUGAAUCUGCCAUCACAGGUGUUGAAACUGUGUUUCUUUCUUCCUAAAAUGUCACUUUAGACACUAGUAGAUAUCGUACAUGUGCCUUGAGGAGGUGAUGUUGUAGCGACCAGAUAGAUGUUUUGCCAUAGUUGCCUGUUUAACACUUCGCUGGUUCUGCCAGUUAUGAUUAGUCCUCGUUAACUAGAAUGUUUUAAGCCAUAAGACUUUAAAUGUACUUUAAAUGCUCGACAACAGUGACCAGAUAAAUGUGGUUGUGGUUGAUAAACGUGUAGUGCAAUUUCUGUCAUGCAUCUAAAUUGUUUGUACUGAAGUAUCCAUUGCAUUUAUGUUAUAAAACGUAGAUGCAGACAAACUUUCCCUGCAACUGCUAUGCAGCUAAUAUACUGUAAAUGUAGAUCUGUUAGUUUUUGAAUAUAUAUUUUUCUAAAUAGCAUCUACCAUUUUCAGCAUAAAGGAUAAACCAAAGUAGAUGUUCUUUCUAUUAUUUAUGUUGCUUGUGAAAUGUUUUAUUUUGCUUUGAUUGUCUCCUGAAACCGAUUUUAGUCUGACUUUUAGAAAAUUUCUCUUCUCAUUAAUGGAGGGUUUUUUUGUGUGUGUGAAACAAGGGUCACUAAUUGUUUUUCAGUCUUCUGUAUUGCCUUCUUGCUUGUAGGGUUUAUGUGGAUCCAGGCUUAGUGUUUACUGGUGCAGUGGUUCCUAAUAUCUCUGAUUCAUCACAAGUCCUCUGAGUUACCAGGAUGUCAUGUCAUUCUCACAGUAAAAGUCAAUACAUACCAAAAUAGUUUUGACCUGUUAUUUAGUAAUAAUGUGAGUUACAAAUUUUGCAAAACAUUUGUCCCUGAUUUGAGUCUGUUUUUAUUAUUUUCAUAAAUCCAACUCCAAAUAUCUGAAACAUCUUUAAAGUCAUAAGUGAACCACUCUUCUAGUAAACAGACUAUUCAGUCCUGGAAAUAGCAAGGGGGAAAUUUUGCCAUUUUGUUCCUAUGUGAACAACUGUCAAAUAAUCAGCCUUGGGGUAAAAAAAAAAAGCUUUCUUUAUAUUCGGCUUUUGUUGGGAUGUUUUUUUUUUCUCUUGCGAUUAAAUUUCUGUAAACUUGCUGCUAUCUAUAUUAAACAUAUAUACUUUAAAUGUUAGACCUCUGUGCUUUUUUCUCCUUGUUUUUGGUGAAAGCUACUGCAGUAGAAGGUGUGGCUGUGGGAUGGGGAUACACAUUGAUCCAGAAAUAUGUGAUUUUAGUUUAAGCUGAUACCGUGCCAAAGCACAUGCUCUGACUCUGUGUCUGAUGGCCGGUGGUUUUUUUAUGUAGUUUUCACAGAAAAGCACACGCUCAUAUAUCAUAUCAUCUAAGAUAACAAUCUGAAAUUUGCCCACUUCAUAACAACUUGUG